GCUUGUCACAGCUUCGUGCGGCGCAAGCCCGGAAGCCGCGUGCCGAUCCCCUGAUUUUUCGUCCGAGGCUCAGCCGCCGCAGCCGCGCCUCCUUAUUUCUUCGCAACCGCUCGCGACUAUGUCAGUUUCCCCCGUGAAAAAGCAGAAGAUGGAGUCGGCGCUAGAGCAGCUCAAGCAACACACCACCGUGGUGGCCGAUACGGGCGAUUUCCACGCUAUUGAAGAGUACAAGCCUCUAGAUGCUACUACCAACCCAUCCCUGAUACUAGCUGCAGCUCAGAUGCCAACCUAUCAGCAACUGGUAGAAGAUGCUAUUGCGUAUGGAAAGAAACUUGGUGGGUCAGAAAAUGAACAAGUUACAAAUGCUUGUGAUAAGCUUUUUGUACUGUUUGGGGCAGAAAUACUGAAGAGGAUACCUGGCCGUGUGUCCACAGAAGUAGAUGCAAGGUUGUCUUUUGAUAAAGAAGGCAUGGUUAAGAGAGCCAGACACUUCAUAGAUCUUUAUAAAGAAAUAGGAAUUAGCAAAGAUCGUAUACUCAUCAAGCUGUCAUCAACAUGGGAAGGCAUCCAAGCUGGCAAGAUUCUUGAAGAGCAACAUGGGAUUCAUUGUAAUCUGACCUUGCUCUUUUCCUUUGCUCAGGCAGUUGCUUGUGCAGAAGCAGGGGUCACCCUCAUUUCUCCUUUUGUUGGGCGUAUUCUGGAUUGGUAUGUUGCAAAUACAGACAAAAAAACCUAUGAGCCAUCAGAGGACCCAGGGGUAAAGAGUGUCACUAAAAUCUAUCAUUAUUACAAAAAGUUUGACUAUAAAACUAUUGUAAUGGGAGCUUCUUUUCGGAACACUGGACAAAUCAAAGCACUGACUGGCUGUGAUUUUCUCACUAUUUCACCUAAACUUCUGGGAGAGCUCAGUAAAGAUAACAGCAAGCUAACACCAAAGCUGAACGUCAAAGAUGCUCAGGCAUCUGACUUGGAAAAGAUCCACCUGGAUGAAAAGAAAUUCCGUUGGCUUCAUAAUGAAGACCAAAUGGCUGAGGAGAAACUGUCAGAUGGAAUCAGAAAGUUUGCUGCUGAUGCAGUUAAACUGGAAGUCAUGAUAAAGGAACGGAUGUUCGGCACUGCAAAUGGAAAGUAGACAUGCCAAAUUUUAUGGAUGCUAUAUAGAUGUAAAGAUUUACAUGCUGCAUACGAAAAGAUUUUCUGUAGUCACAGGUUUCUAUAUGAAUUUGCAGAGAAAAAUUCUUCAGGUCUGCUGUGCUUUUAUAUAUCAGGAUUGUAAUAUUACAAUUCUGUAUUACCAAUAUUUUUAUUCUUCACUAUAUUGCAGAUACAUCAAGGACCAAUUGCCUAGCUUUUUUUUUCAAGGUACUAUUACUAAUAAUGAUAAAACAUGCUGAUGUAUGGGUGCAUUCCAAAAGAAUAAAACAUACAUUUUAUACAGAUUUCUUGACUCCUGUUGAGGCAAGUCCUCCGUUUGAAGGAUGUGUACAUGCUAUUUUUACAAACAAAAUUACUGUAAGAUUUGAACAUUCCAUUCUUAGAAUUAUGAGGAGCUUCCCUCCUAUUCUUGUAGAAUGAAUUAUGUCUCACGGGGUUAUUGUGGUGGAAAAAUAGGAGGAAGAAAUAUGGAAAAGCUUGAAUUGUACAAACAAAAGAUGGGAUAUAAAUCUAAAUUAUAAUGCAGUCUCCUUCUCCAGCUGUUGUUGCUACUGUGCUGCUUCCUCUCCCCAAGAUAGAGCAGCUUUGUUUGUCUCUGAUUUGUGAUCUCCAAAUCUCUAACUAGGGUUUCGAUGCUUAGUGAUAUUUUGGCCUAG